UGCAAAUGCUAACCUUGGAAAGCCAAUCCACAUAACUGUCUUUUUCUCUCAUCUCUUCCCUACUCUUUUUUGUCUUUACUCGCCGUUCUUCUAUUUUUUUUUUCUCUUUCUUCUUCCUGCACUACAUGUUUGUUUGCAUUGCCUACACAUUCAUUCUCUCUCUGUCUCUGUCUGUCUCUCUCUAACGUUAUCUGCAGCAGCUAGCUCUUCUCUUUAGAAUCCUUCCAUUCAUUCAUUCUUCUGAGGAGUCCAAGGAUAUUCUGGGUAUAGCAUAAACAAUCCUUUGGAAAGAUGGAGAUUACUAAUGUUACCGAGUAUGAUGCAAUUGCUAAGGAGAAAUUGCCAAAGAUGGUUUAUGACUACUAUGCAUCAGGCGCAGAGGACCAAUGGACUCUGAAGGAGAACCGAAAUGCGUUCUCAAGGAUUUUGUUUCGGCCUCGGAUUCUUAUUGAUGUAAGCAAGAUAGACAUGACUACAACUGUUUUGGGCUUCAAAAUCUCAAUGCCCAUCAUGAUUGCUCCGACUGCCAUGCAGAAGAUGGCUCACCCUGAAGGAGAGUAUGCAACUGCAAGAGCAGCAUCGGCAGCUGGCACUAUUAUGACGCUGUCCUCUUGGGCUACUUCCAGUGUUGAAGAGGUCGCUUCAACAGGACCUGGCAUUCGCUUUUUCCAACUCUAUGUGUAUAAAGACAGGAAUGUGGUUGCACAGCUUGUAAGGAGAGCUGAAAGGGCUGGUUUCAAGGCAAUUGCCCUUACUGUGGACACUCCAAGGCUAGGCCGUAGGGAGGCUGAUAUCAAGAAUCGAUUUGUUUUGCCACCAUUUUUGACUUUGAAAAACUUCGAGGGAUUGGAUCUUGGAAAGAUGGAUAAGUCCAAUGAAUCUGGACUAGCUUCAUAUGUUGCUGGGCAAAUUGACCGGUCUCUCAGCUGGAAGGAUGUGAAGUGGCUUCAGACAAUCACUCAUUUACCAAUUCUUGUGAAGGGUGUACUUACUGCUGAGGAUACAAGGCUAGCCAUACAAGCUGGAGCUGCAGGAAUCAUCGUGUCCAAUCAUGGAGCUCGCCAACUUGAUUAUGUCCCUGCAACUAUUUUGGCCUUGGAAGAGGUCGUCAAAGCUGCACAAGGCCGACUUCCUGUUUUUCUGGAUGGUGGAGUCCGGCGAGGGACAGAUGUCUUUAAAGCAUUGGCUCUAGGAGCAUCUGGCAUAUUUAUUGGAAGACCUGUGGUGUUCUCAUUGGCCGCUGAAGGUGAGGCCGGUGUGCGAAAAGUACUUCAGAUGCUUCGUGAUGAGUUUGAAUUAACCAUGGCUUUAAGCGGUUGCCGCUCGCUCAAAGAGAUUACCCGUGAGCACAUUGCGACUGAGUGGGACCGUCCUCAUAUUGCACCCAGGUUGUAAGAUGAUGGUGCUGCUGGUGGGAGGAAAAGGUUUCAGAAACCUGAUUGCAUUAGAAUAACUUACCCCACUUGUGGUUCAAAAGAUAUAUUUGAAGAGUUCAAACUUCUGUAAUGACAACUCUAUGAUGAUUUUCAUAUAUAGCUGAGCUACUUUUUUCAUUC